AUGCGAAGAAAAAAUGCAAGCGAUGACGACGAUGAUUUUGUUAACAAUGAAGGAGAGGCGAGAAUAAGGAUUGAACGGAGUGAUCGGAAAGUUUGUGUUGGUUACGGAGACGAUUCGGACGGUCUAGGUGGAUACGACGACGGUGAGGAGGUGUCGUACGUGGAUGAGCUGGCAGAUGAGGGAGUGGAAGUAUUUGAAGAAGAAGAGGAAAAUGUUUAUGAAAAAAAAGAAUGCGAAGAGCGUUGUUAUGAACAAGAAGUUUCGAAUGAAGUGACGGUGAAGCAGAGCAAAGAAAAGAAAGAGUGGCAGCCGCCUGUGGAUCCCAAAAACGGCGCGUUUUAUAUGCACGAUGAUCGUUCUGUAGGCCGUCGCCAUAGUCAACGCAGGUGGAAAUUUGAUGAAAGGUCUAGGAAAUUCAAAGAUGAUGAAAAAUGGAAGCAUGACAAGUUUGACGAGAUGAAAGUGCAGGAAACAUAUGAUAAGAAGUUUAAUGCCCCGGUUAUGAGGACUUCUGAACAAUAUUAUCAAGGACACCACAAGAAUCAACGCAAAGCUGGUGGUUACGUUAACGCAAGCUCGUCUAAAACCCAUGACAACAUGAAAAAUCAAAAUUCAUCUAGAAUCGUCAGAGGGAGAGGGCCUAUGAAUUAUAAACCUACUACAAGACAGCCUAAUAAGCCACUGGGCGAGACUUCUAAUACCGAAUUAGCAAAAACAUUCUCAAGAAAGAAAUCCGGGAACUUUGUGGAAGUGGCUUCAAAUACUGAUUCAGUGAGAGUAUCCUCACAGAUUUCAAAUCAAGAGUCUGAUUCAGUACUUGCCUCUGAGGAGCUUGUUAUGGCAGCAAACACGAGUUCUGCUUCGCAAAUGUUUAAUUCUUCCAGUCCUUCUAAUCAUUGUACCGGUGCAACACCGAAAAGGGAUACACAACGUGGAAGAACAUCGGGAUAUUUUCCAACUUCUGCACGUCCAAAUCAUAAAAUAUUGGCGCCAGAAAGCAAUUCACUGCUUCAUACGAAGAUUGCCGCUAAUCCUAUUAGACAAGACCUGUUUUAUAGAGAGAAGCUUAUCCAUCCAGCUCCUGAAAGUUAUCUGACAAAUCUGCCUUUGCAGUCUCCAGUAAGCUGGCUGACCUACCCGAUAGAAACUCCCCAGGUGAUGGUUCCAAGGGAUUUAUCUUUCUCAACAAUGUUUACUCAACAGCUGAGCCCAAUCUCCAAACAAGUUGGUGGAGUAUAUCCACAAGCACAGCACCCUGUUCUUCAACAAAUUCCAGUUUAUAGUCCACUUCAACCUCCUUUACAGUUUCUUCCUCUGGAGUUGAGUCCAUGCUCCGGGAAUGGAUCUCAAGCUUCCUCUGAAGCAUUGUUAGCAAACUCAUAUGAGCAAGAAACGCCAGGAUCUCUACCCGGAGCAAGUAAGUCAAAAGUUGAAUUUGGUGGAAAAGGAACAAGCUCACUUGAAGAUUUCAGAAGAGGUUCCCUUCUAUGUGCUGAGACACAGGGUGAUCCGAACUUUACUGCCACUGCAGCACUUAUUCCUACUAUGCGACCUGGUGGGCAGCACAGUGGUGAUCCUGCUGUUAAUACGGUGGUCUCUAGUUGUAUUUCUCCAUCGCAUAAUGGUCUUGGAAAUCCCGAGAUCACAUGGUUGCCAGUUUUCCCAGCAUCUGCUGGAACCGUAGGUGUCACACAUAGUUCUCCAAAUGUUACGGCUCAUUCAACAGACAGUCGUCUUCUUGUGGUGUCACUAGGCUAG